UUAGAGCUCUCUAACCUAAAAUAAGGACGCGAUCUCUCUUCCACAAUCGUCCCAUCUCGUUCUAUACAUAGCAUAUAAAUAUAAAUCUUUAAAGCUUGUCUUGUACCGAAUACUUAUGCAGUGUACUUAGUGUAGCGCUGGCCGCUGACUGCUCCAUGCAGCGUCUUCAUCAAGUUAAACCAUCAGGCGACACAUAUAGGCACGGCUUCCGUGGAAUUGUGUGCAUGUGCGAUUGAAUCAGAGCGGUAGACAGAAAGAGAGAGAAUUAUGUCUUCCGCGUGUUCCUUAUACUGUAUAACUUUUUUUUUAUCGAUCGAAAGAUAAUUAAGAAUUAUAGCAAUAGAGAGGCGUCAAAAGAAGAUAAUAUUAUUGCGUAAAGAAAAAGAAUAGCAUUGGUUGUACUACUUCCAGACGACGCAACAACUCUGUCUUGUCUAUACCAAGAGUGCCAAGUAUAUAUAUAUAUAUACGGCCUACUUUGAUGCAGCAUACGUGCAUUGGUGCAGCGCGUCCGGGUCCGGCUUCUAACUCUCGAUGAGCCAUUCUUUCCUCUCGACUGGAUUGUCUCGGAGCAACAGCUCCAUACAUCUGUCACAACGAUGUUGUAAACAAUUCUCCAAGUUGUAAUUUCGUUUUUUUCUCGUCGAGAACACAGUUUACUUGAGCUCCUUUAUAACGGAGCUUAAAUGCAAAUGAUGAACUCGGAUCCCAGCGUAGAACAGCACCAGCAAGCCGGCGUGCUUACUAUGAUGCCGCCACAACAAAAUCAACAGCAGCAGGAUAAUAGUAAUGGCGAGCAGCAGCAACAAAUUCAACAACAGCAUCAGCUUCAACAACAACAGCAGCAGCAGCAACAACAAAUUGAGCAUGGGGAACAUGACGUCGGGGGCAUGGAUGAGUCCGAAGAGUUCUACUACGAAGGUGGUGCUGAGGAAUAUAGGCACUUUGCGCCCAGAGGUCGAGGUGGAUUUAGCGAUAACCAUUUAAGGGGUAGAGGAGGAGGUGGUAGAGGAGGCUUUGACUACUCCCAGAGAGGAGUAUCUCCGAGAUUUCGUGGCAGAGGAGGUUUUGGACCUCGGCCUAUGUACCGAAAUGGCUAUUCCUACGACGGACCGCCCAGGCCCAAUUGCCCACCCGGGCCAGCGGGACCUCGCUUUCGUGGACCCUUCGACCCUAACUGGGGAUCCAUGGGCCCACCACCACCUAAUAUGGCUAACAUGAUGGGUCCUCCAGGAGGAAUGCCACCUCCGCACAUGAUGAAUGGACCUAUGGGUAAUGCAGCAUAUGGGCCACCUGGCAUGGGGCCUCCCAAUAUGAACAACCAGAUUCCAGGUCAGCAGCAAGCACAUCAGCAGAUGCAGCAGCAAAGCAACAUUCCAGGAAUCGAUCUUAACGGAGAGGUGUGGGUAGAGACUAAAACACAAGAUGGCAAAUGCUAUUAUUACAACAUAAGAUCUCGAGAAACAACGUGGACCAAGCCAGAAGGGCCAAAUGUCAAAGUAAUGGUGCAAGAUCAGCUGGAACAGUUAGUACAUGGGACAUCAAAACAGCCGGCUAGUGGUGCAAUAAUGGCUGCAUCAUCGCCGAAUGCAGCUAUGAUGGGGCAGCAACAACAGCAGCAGCAGCAACAACCACCACUUCAACAGCAGCCCCAACAACAGCCACAGGUGCAACAGUCAUCACCACAGCCGCAGCAACCACAACAGCAGCAGCAGCCGCCCCAGCAACAAGGAAGUGACAACACUAGUGGAGAGGUAAGGAUGCAGCAGCAAGGUAGCGAGACACCCUCUUCUGCCCCUACUGCUCCAGCCAAUGUUAACGAAGCUGACUCGAGUCAAGUAAGUACAGCUCCUCCAGGUACCACUGCCACACCUGUUACUGGAUCUGCUGAGCCUAUGGACACUACCGUAUCGUCCACUAAUGAUGUCCAAGCGCAGCAGAUGGGACAGGCUCAACAGACAAAUGGUACCAGUGUCGCUGUAGCAUCUGUUGCACCUACUGCGCCGGUCGUCAACACGGCAGUCAUGAAUACGACACCUCCAAUGAUGCAACCACCUACUAUGAUGCCAAUGCAGCAUCGUAUGCCGACUCAGUAUGGAGGCAUGCCUCCCCCUUUUGGGCCUCCUGCAGGAGCACCAUAUGGAAUGCCUCCCCCAAACUUCCAGCCUUAUGGAGGAGGCUACGGACCUCAACCCGGUUGGGGUAUGCCACAAAUGCCACAUCCAAUGCAGCAACCUAUGGUACCUGCUGCCAUGCCCAAUGAAGAUCCCAGUAUUUUGGCUCAAAUAGACCCUAAUAUUGUGUCUAGUGCAAUGAUGUGGACCGAACACCAUGCACCAGAUGGUCGAUCCUACUUCUACAAUAGUAAAGCACAAGAAUCCAUUUGGGAGAAACCUCAAGCUCUAAAAGAUUUUGAAACUGCUAAAGCCGCAAUAAUGAGAAAAAAAACCGAAGAAGCUACCAACGUUGUUUCAUCUGUUUCUUCUACUACCACUAGUACCACAACGACAUCGGCAAGUUCAGAAACAGCCACAACGAUAACAUCGACGACGUCGACGACAACUAUGAUGACGACGACGACGACUAACACUAGCGAUAAUGCCUCACCUUCAAAAGCUGCUACUGAAACUAAAACUUCAGUUAGCAACGAAAAUAAUAUUAGCCCUUCAUCAGAAAGUACUGAUACAACAAAAGUAAAGAAAGAAGAGACGCCAACUAAAGAAGUUUCUACUAAGCCCCAAGAUAAAUCUAGACCAGUAUCCAGUACUCCAGUUCCCGGUACUCCCUGGUGUGUGGUAUGGACGGGUGAUGCGAGAGUUUUCUAUUACAAUCCGUCUUCAAGGAUCUCAGUGUGGGAGAGACCAGACAUUUUGUAUGCUAGAGCGGACGUGGAUAAAAUGGUGUCCACGCCACCAGAUCAACUCGCAAGCAGUGGUACUUCAGUGAAAGUCGAAGUUACAAAUCGUAAAGAAGAAUCAAGCGAAAGCAGUGGUGAAGAGGACCGGCCUCCUCCAGCUAAAAAAAUUAAGAUUGAUGAUGUUAAAACUAACUCCGUGAAAGAAAUGGAAGAAGAAAAGGAUAACAAAAAGACAAUUGACAUCGGCAAGGAAUCAGCCAUGGAUGCGGAAGUGCGAGCAGCAAGAGAAAGAGCUAUUGUUCCUCUUGAAACAAGAAUUAAAUCUUUCAAGGAUAUGCUCAUGGAGAAAGAUGUAUCAGCAUUUAGUACAUGGGAAAAGGAAUUGCAUAAAAUUGUAUUUGAUCCCCGUUACUUGGUUUUAACCUCGAAAGAAAGAAGGCAAGUAUUUGAAAAAUAUGUCAAAGAACGUGCAGAGGAAGAGAGACGAGAAAAACGAAAUAAAAUGAAAGAAAAGAAAGAGCAGUUCCAAAAAUUACUGGAAGAAGCUAACCUUCAUGGAAAAUCUUCGUUCAGCGAUUUUGCACAAAAACAUGGCCGGGAUGAGCGUUUUAAGAACGUCGAAAAGAUGCGAGAGCGUGAGAGUUUAUUCAAUGAAUAUCUGUUGGAGGUGCGGAAACGGGAAAAGGAGGAGAAAGCAGCUAAACGAGAACAGGUGAAAAAGGAUUUCUUGGCGCUACUGCGCGAGCAUAAGGACAUCGACCGUCACUCGCAUUGGACUGACUGCAAGAAACGCCUCGAGUCCGACUGGCGCUAUCGUAACGUCGAUUCGGCCGGUACACGCGAGGACUGGUUCCGCGAUUACGUACGCGUUCUAAAGGACGAGCGUAAAAAAGAAAAAGAGAAGGAGAAAGAGCGCGAACGCGAAGCCAAGGAAGAGAGGCACCGCGAACGCGAGCAUCACAAAGAGAAGAAGGACAAGGAGAGAAAGGAAAAGAAGGAGAAGAAGGAAAAGAAAGAUAAGGACAGGGAGAAAGAAAAAGAAAGAGAUAAGGAGAAAGCGAAAGAAAAGGAAAGGGAGAAAGAAAAAGAAAAGGCCGUUGAGAUAAAUGACGAGAAAGAGAUUGGUGAAAUUGAUGAUGUGGAAGAGAGCAAUCACAAAAAGGAAAGCGAUCGUAACGAAGAUGACGAGGAAUAUGACAGGCCAGACUCGGCAGCCGCAGCCGCAGCAGCUGAGGAGGAAGAGAAGCAGAAGCGGGACCGUGAGCGGAGAGCCGAGGCUAGUCUGCGGGAACGAGAACGGGAGGUGCAAAGGACCCUGGCCACUCACUUGCGGGACCGGGACAAAGAAAGACAGCAUCACCGGCACACCGAGGCUGUACAACACUUCAACGCGCUUCUGGCUGAUUUGGUAAGAAAUGGUGAUCUCGCCUGGCGUGAGGCUAAGAGACAGUUGAGAAAGGACCAUCGUUGGGAACUUGUCGACACAUUGGAUAGGGAGGAGAAGGAGAGGCUGUUCAAUGAACACGUUGAACAGUUGGGGCGAAAGAAGAGGGAUAAAUUUAGGGAACUACUUGACGAGGUUGGAGCCUCCUCCGAUUUGACAGCUUCUUGGAAGGAUAUCAAAAAGCUGUUGAAAGAUGAUCCGCGAUACCUCAAAUUUUCUUCCAGUGAUAGGAAAUGUGAAAAAGAGUUCAAGGAGUACAUAAAAGACAAACUAGUGGCAGCAAAGGCAGAUUUCAGGGAACUUCUUCAGGAGACAAAACUAAUCACGGACAAAACCUUCAAAAAGGUGCAAGAGAGUAAUACGCAUUUGACAGAAAUAGAAGACAUUUUGAAAAAAGAUAAACGGUUUCUGGUGCUCGAUGCUGCGGCAUCGGAGAGAACGAGGCUGUUGAUGGGUUACUUGGAAGAGUUAGCUCGUCGUGGACCUCCUCCACCACCGACUGCCUCAGAACCAUCACGAAGACCAAAUGUGAACUGAAAGUUCGUUGAUUGUGAACCUUUGUCUAACAAUUGUGAGUGAUUAUCAGUCAGUGUGAAAAAACCACUAGUGCGGAGUGUGUGUAAACACGUGUUGCCUCAUUGUGCGAAUAGUAAUCGCGGCUAACUGUAUGUAGUCAACACAACAAAUAAUACAACCAAAUAUUUAAUAAAAAAUUAUAUAUUCAUUGUAUAUAUAAGUACAAGUUAGAGUGACAAACAAAAAUAAAAUUUUCAAAAGUGGGUGAGAAAAAACUCAAAUUUAUUUUAAUGUAAUUUGGAUGUAGCAUGCUCUUCGUUAAUAAGAAUUAAAUAUAUUUUAUCUUUGUAGGAACAAAUAAUUAUCUCAGUAAUUUGUUUAUAGACUACAUCCAUUUUUCUCAAUGAUUUUUUACAAUUCAAUUGACCUACA